ACCUGGUAGUGUGUUGUCAGACGUCGGGUGGGGUGAACGUCGCUCUCCCGCUCUCUCAGGCUUCAGUGGGCGUGUGGGUGUGAAGCGUGGGUGUGUGGGGGUGUUGGUCUUGAGUGUGGGUGUCACUAGCCGCCAAGACGAGGAGUAAACACACGCACAGACAGCCUCCAGCUCGUCCCUGAUCGCUAACAACUGCAAUAAUGGGUCGACAGGUUCACGGCGGCGCCAGCGAAGGUGCAGCCCCGCCCCCUCUGUCGCACUUGCCCGGGUCAAAGAGCAACAAGAGGGCGCCCGCUAAACUGCCCCGCGCCCCGCCCCACCCCAGUGCCCCGUGAAGGAGAUCGGGACGGAAGCUGGACUGGGUCGCGUGUGUGUGUGUACUUGUGUUGGUGUGUGUUGGUGUGGUGGUGUCUCGCGUGUGUCGGGUGCGUGGGCGGUAACUGGUGGGCACAUAGAGGUCUCUGCUCUGAGUCUCCGGCGUCAUGGUCCUUCUGUGGACGCAGCACGAGGGUGAGCGGGUGGAGCCCCAGCCCACAGACGACCACGUGCAGGAGGUGCGGAAGGACGGGGGCGUGAAUGGUGCCUGCAAACACCCGCACCCCCACCGCCCACCCCAGGGCAAGGACAAACUCACUGGCGACGCAGCAGGCAGUAAGGCAGGCACCAGCAGCACCACCGCCUCCCCACCAGGUCGCAGCAACACCCUGAGAAUCACGACGCCCUCAGAGAAACACGUGGUCACUCUCCGUCAAAUAUCCGAGGUCUUUGAUGCCACUAAGAGCAGCAUCACCUCCUCACCCACCUCGCUCUCCUCCUCUUUCUCCUCUCCCUCCUCCUCCACUGUGUCUCCCUGCAUCCCCUCGACCUCCAGCACUCCUCUAGGCACAGUGGUGGAGGUGGAGAGGGUGGAAGACGGCGGGAUCGGUGUGGAGAGCGUGGCUAAGGUGGAAAAGGUAUCGAAGGUGUCUACUCUUGGCCUCAACUCCCGCCUGUUGCUGGAGGAGGAGGAGCAGGACGGGGAGGAGAGUGCGGAGGCAGGCAAGAAGAAGAGGAGCCAGAAGAGGAAGUUUUACACGCUGCCAAGGAACUGGAGGAGCAAAGCAACGGACUUCAUUCUCACUAAAGGGAAUGAGAUUGAGGAGCUGGGCAGCGCCCAAGUGGAAACUCUCGAGCUGGGGAAGACGCUGUGUGAGUACUGCGCCAAGAAGUGCUCGGGGGAGGUGCUUCGCGUGCAGGAGAAGUACUUCCACAUCAACUGCUUCAAGUGUCACAGCUGCAAGAAGUCGCUAGCUCAGGGCGGUUUCUUCACGCGAGAGAAGGAUUACUACUGCACUGAAUGUUACCAGAAGAACUUCGGCCAGCGGUGCGCCACUUGCGGUCUCUACGUGGAGGGCGAGGUGGUGUCCGCCCUCGGGAACUCCUAUCAUCAAAAGUGCUUCACCUGUGCCCGUUGCAGACAGCCAUUCCCAACCGGGGAGCGUGUCACCUACACAGGGAAGGAGUGCCUGUGCCAGCGAUGCCUCCACAUUCCUGUUGUGGACUCCCAGUCACCCAGCCGCUCCCCCACCGCAGCCGGACCGAAAUGUGCCGGGUGCAAGGAAGAGCUGGUGGAGGGCCAAGCACUCAUUGCCCUGGACCAGCAGUGGCACAUCUGGUGCUUCAAGUGUGCAGUCUGCAGCACUGUCCUUCAUGGGGAGUAUAUGGGAAAGGACGGUCUCCCCUAUUGCGAGAAGGACUACCAGGCCCAGUUUGGGGUAAAGUGUGCCUACUGCAACCGUUACAUCAGCGGCAAGGUGCUGCAGGCAGGUGACAAUCACCACUUCCACCCAACGUGUGCCCGGUGCACCAAGUGUGGUGAUCCAUUUGGGGAUGGGGAAGAGAUGUAUUUGCAAGGCACUGCUAUUUGGCACCCCCGCUGUGGCCCCGGACCCACUGAAAAUGGCACAGUCCUGAAUGGCUCGCUGUCCAAUGGCCACCACAUUAACGGUGACCAGAAGGCUGAGAGGGAGCGAGACUUUGAUGGUAUGAGCUCCACUGCGUCAGAAACACAGUUUUCCCGUUCCCGCACACCAAGCCUUAAUGGAUCCUUCCGCUCCUAUAGUCCUUAUAACAGCCUGAACAGGAAGUUCUCAGGCCCUUACCGCACUUGCUCACCGGGCUUGAUCCUGAGGGAAUACAAGUCCUCGCAGAGCCCUAUUGACAUCACACGCAUCUACACCUACUCAUAUCUCACUGCGGAGCCUUCCCAAGGGUACCUCAAGCGCCCUCUGGACCCAUACGACCGUCCCCCACCUAAGUCGCCACAUUUCCACCGUCCACCAACUGAUAGCAGGAAGCUAUCACUGCCUAAGACCUCAAGCCGGCUGGGGAUGAAGGUGCUGGUGGAUCAGAUGCAGUCUGACACUCCAAGGCCCAAGUCCCCACACAUGAACAACGAGGAGCCAAUCAUCCUUUCCCAUUACCCCGGCGGCCGCAAGCCACAUCAAGGCGACGUGUCCCGCAUCGAACGAGACGACUUCCCCGCCCCGCCUUACCCCUACACCGACCCUGCUCCGGCCUCACGGGCAGAUGUUUCAGAGAGGCGGAGGAGAUGGUCAGGCAGCAACAAGGCUGUCAGCAUUGACGAGACUGACGAGGGGACCGAGCAGGAGGACGAGAGCUUGGUUGAGGAUCCUAAACUAAAAAGAGAAGAGGUUGAAUUAAGCAAGAUUGCAACGGGCAUUGGUAAAGUGUUCCUUCAACAAGUGAAGGAGAGGGAGAAGAUUCGUGCAUGGAAGGCCACUCACUUGGACCCUCGCAAUGCCUCCCGAACCCCAGCGGCCGACCGUGAACCGGGGAACAAACUGCGUUUCGGUUCAUCCCUAAAUGCUUCCCCUUCACGGAUGACAGACCACAGCCGCCCGUGGGGACCAGAAGAAGACGAGUUUGACAGGGGCUCCUCCUACCGUUGUUCCACGGGCAGGUCCUCCGCCACCAUUCCCUCUUAUAACGUCGUCAGCUCCCUCAGGCAGCCUCCAAAGCCGGGCUACGGUUUUUCACCACGCAACACGUUCUACCGCCAGGGCCUUGGAUCCUAUUCUGCACUCCAUGGUGACUACAGUUUCUCCGGCCUAGGAGAGAAGACACAGAGCACUGAGUUCAGUAGCGCUCGCUCAGACGUUUCAGCAGGUUCGCUCACAGAAGCCGAUAGGAGUGCAUUGAACGCAGAGUUGUGUGCAUCCGCAACAUACAGUAGUGGCCUGCGUGGCUACUCUUCAUACUCCCCACAUCUGCGUCGUUCACUGCCCAACAUGCACCAUAUGUCUUCUGAGCCUCCCAAGAUUUAUCCUGCCCAUCUUCUUCUUGUAUCUAAUUAUCGCCUGCCCAACGAUGUGGAUCGCUGCCACUUGGAGCGUCACCUCUCAGAUACUGAUUUUGAAAUGGUGUUCCACAUGACCCGGAUGGAUUUCUACCGCCUCCCUGAGUGGAGGAGAAAUGAACUUAAGAGGCGAGCCAAAUUUUUCUAAACAUAAUUAGUAUUUGUUUCAAUAAGGAAUCAAGACUACUGUACCUACAUUAAUGACUAUUUUCACUUAUGAUCAUUUUAGUUCUCGAAUUAUGUAUCUGCAAGUUUUUUAUUGGAAUAGGAAAAAUGAUGAGAUCCAGUUUCAAAUGUUUUAAAAUACAUAGCUAUGUAUAUAUUUUAAUUAAAAAUGUCGUGACUAAAUUAUGUUAAUGAUCAAGUAAGAGUUUUAUCAGCAGUUGUGGAAGACACAGAAUCAAGCUGACGUUGUUAUGAAGACUACUCGUACACAAGCUGCAAAAUGAUUACAGACGGUGCUUUAAUCAAUUCCAUGUGACGUAUAUUUGUAGCAAAUAUCUGUGUAGUAUUUUGUAAUGCCUAUUGUAAAAUAUCUAAUUAGGUAAAAACCCAGAGUGGUUUUUUGUAUAUCACUGGAGCAAAACGAAAAUUCCCUAGUAAAUUAUUAAUCUUACAGAUAUUUAUAAAGAUAUUUUUAAAUGUAAUUGAAAGAAAUUAUGAUAGGUCAAACUAUUUCUUCUUGGGCAGGAGUGGAAUCUAAAGGUGACCACACUGUACACUUGCCUGGCCAGAGUGCUCUUGGCUACUUGAGUGUCCUUCCUCUAGUCUAUAGUUUAUUUUUUUCUCAGUGGAUACCAUCUAGAAUUUUUUUUUUUUUUUUUUUUUUUUUUUUUGUCUGUUGAAAUCUCUUAGUGUUGUAAUUUGGUGCUUAUGUUAGGCAGUGAUCACAAUGAUUUAAAGUGUUUCUGUAGCUAUCCAAGUUUGUAUACCUACUAAGUAUGACAUUAUUCACACAAUCCUUUAAUUUUAGCAGUGUAAAUAUGACAAAGAAAAAGGACUUAUAAGUGACUCUGUGUCAUCGUGGCUUGUUUUACCACAUCCCACAAGAAUGGUAAGAAAUUCAUUGACUUCUGGCUGUCCGAGUUUCCUCUUGAUGACUGUGUGUAACCCUGUCUGUACAUAGUGCCUCCCUAGAGCUUCACACAACAUGCAGUGAGUGGUUGUGACCCUCAAACAAGGCAGCCAAGGGUAUGCUGGGAAGGCUUCAUUAGUUUAUAUAUUGUAAAGAUCCUUUGGGAAGGGGAGAAGUCUUCCUUCAUGAAGAUCAAAUUAGGGAAAUUUUUCUGCUGUCUGUGCUUGUCAGAAUGUUACUGCAAUUGGCAUUAUCUUCAGCAAAGAUCCUUAUCAGAUUACAGUAAGAAGGAUGUUCACUUGUUAUCACCCCUCAUGAAAUUCAUAAGGUAUUAGAAUGUAGGAUUACAUGUUACUGAUCACACAAUUAGAGCAGGUGGUUUGUGACUGUGUGUGUGUGUGUGUGUGUGUGUGUGUGUGUGUGUGUAAAGAUGAAUGUGUGUUUACAUAGAUGUGUGUGUACUGGGUGUGUCACUCCCAAGGUGAAAGGAACUGUGUGAUUGAUUGUUACAUCAUUCUGUUAAUGCACUGGCUACAUCAGUGGUUGUUUAAAACUGCCAAGCUCUUUUUUGAAGAACAUGUUUUAUACUUCAGGCUUCUUAUGGAAGUGAAUCAUAAUCAGGCUUUUUAUGACAAAUAUUAUCCUAGAUGUAGUUAUUACCAGUAAGGAUGAAUUGUGAGACUGCAAAAGGUACAGUUCUGCUAAUUUUGUGUGAUGAGUUUUACACAUCUGUUUGAAGCCUUUAUAGCCCCUAGUGUGUAGGUAUGACAGCCACACUGAACCUCACUGCUCCUGCAGCCAAUCACUGCUGAUGCUUCAGGAACACUCAGGUUACAGUGACAUUAUAUGAUCAUUUUUGCUUUGUUUUCUGUAGUGGUAGACAUUUUCAAGCCUCAACCCCUCUACAUUUCUUUUCUUUCUUUUUUCCCUUCAUUUUUUAUGUCCAACUGUAAGAAUAAUGAUUCUGUAUGGUGCUGUGUUCUUUGUUUAUCUUCAAGCUCUUUUAUGUUUUUCCCAUUUAGUAAAUAUCAUCAUUAUUAUAUAUUUUUGUUGUAGAUUUUUGUGCUUUUUCACCUUCCAGAUAAAAAGGACCAAUGACUAACUUUUUGGACAAUUAUCAUCAAAACUGCAAAAAAAUACUGUAUAGGAUUAUUAUUGUGAUUUGUUGGCUAUUUUUGAAAUGUGCAGCUUUACGAGAGAGAUGAAGAUAUUUAUAUUUUCUACCAUACUCCUUGAUCUGAGUUUUUAUAAUGUUAAGCAAGUCUUCAUGAAACAAUAUCUAUUACACCUGAAUGUUAAUUAAUUUGCUAUAUUCUGUUUUUGUGGGGAGAGGGAGCAAAAUUAAAAAGCUGCUGCUAAAUAGAUUAAUUAUGCAUAUUCUUUGUAUAAUAAACCUUCAGAAACCUUCAGAAUACCUUGUGAAUCUGAAGAAACUGGCAAUACAUUUGUCAAGGUCCCAGGCACAUCUGCAGUAACUCGAGAUCUAAGAUCAGUUUUGAUGCAAAUAGAACUUUCUUUUUUUUCUUUUUUCCUGAAAAUCAAAUUAAUGACUAGUCGAAAAGUUCAUAUAAGGCUUCUGUUUACAACAGAGUUAGUGUGGAAGUAAUGUGUGUGUGGUGAAUUCAACAAAAAGCAAGGUGUUACAAAGCAUCUUGAGCUGAAUGUACUGAAAUCUGUGGCAUCACUUCUAAAUGUAGGUAACCUUAAUGUUGUCACUCAUUGUUAUACACCCAACAUGCACAUACACACAUACAGAAUGCUACACCAUCUACUGAUAACUGCCAGGUAAAUGUUGUCAUAGCUAUCUUGAGCAGACCAGCUGUCCUUAUUUAGUAUCUUGUUGUGCUGGUCACACUUCACUAGAUAUCUGUAAUUAGAGUUUGUUUAGUUCCCCAUCAAAUCAGUCUGUCAUGGUUACUUCUAUAUUUCAUAGCUUUCUGUGCCGAGACAGAUGAUAGUUCAUUUUAUAACUACUAAUUCCAAGAGCACAAUGUUUAGCUACAUCCUCUCUCCUGUGUGGUUUAAUCCUGAUUAUUGUGGAUGCCAUUCCUUGGGAGGCCACUCUGCCUUCACUGCACACCUAACACCAAAGGCACCAACGAGAAGGCUGCUCACCUCAGAAAUUGCAACCCAGUAUACAUAUCAGAUUUCCUGAACUGAUAUUCUAUCCAGAAGUGUGCUAAAUCAUCACUUGGUGGACAUACUACAGAAACACUGUUUUCCAAAGGCGUGUUAUACUCAAUAGAGUUGUAAGUUUGGCAGAUGUGCUUCAGCUGUGAAUAGCACCCACAAGUCCUUGCAUGGGUACUGGUGGCUUGCUUUCCCUCCUUUUAUGUGCUAAUUAACACAAGGAUUGCUGUUAAUAGUCAUCUCAUUAUUAACAUGGGCAAAGCAUGGGUAGUGGCUAGUAUGGGCAACAGUAAGUCUUUUUUAUUUUUUUCCAUCAUCAUCAUUAUCACCUUUGUCGUAAAUUACCAUAACCUUAUCAUUUUCAUUAUUGUUAUUUCAAGUUUUAUGUAGCUUCAUCAAACAGCAGCAGCAUCAGCCAUUUUAUAUUAUCAGUCAUAUUAUGUACAGACAAAUAUUCACUCGACUCUGCUCAUCGGUCAUCAUCACCAUCAGGCCAACAGCAUCAUGGUCACACUCACAUUCCUCAAUCAGCCUUGGUUAGUGAAUAAAUAGAGACAGCAAUAAGAUGGCAAUUUCCAAGACUAGAGUCCUCAACAACACUCACACUUACAUAACUACUUGGCACCUCCGUUAGCUGUAUAGGAGAUCACUUACACUUCUCUGAUUCUCCCUCUUUUAUUUCUAGACAGAUUAUUAUUGUUCUUUCACAAAAGGAAAAUUUGUUUUAUAUUCAUGUUACAAAGCUUAACUGGAUUGAUUAUUCUGUAAAGUAAGCUUUUCUUUUGUGAAGACUUGCUUGACUUUGUGACAAGUACCUAGGGACUAAUCUUAAUUCUCCAUUUAAUUUUUUCCCCUUGCUUUGUAAAUACUAACUUUCAAUUUCAUUUGGACAUUAUACUUCUGCAACUUUCUUCAAUGUAGAUUUGGUCCAUUUCAUAAAACAAAAAUUAUUAUUACCUUUAUUUAUUUGUUUACUAUUAAUAGUAUCACUAUUUUUACUACUAGUGCUACUACUACUACUACUACUACUACUGUCAUCAUCAUUUUUAUUAAUGUAUGAUUAUAGAAUCAAUAUUUUGGUCUCAGGAAAAUACAAAUGAAUGGGAACUUCCAGGCCAAAGUAUUGUUCAUCUUCCUAAUAUUGAUACCCAGUAACUGAGUCCCCUUUUUUCAGUUGAGUUGCUUUUAUAUGUCCAAGUGUUUUAUGUAAUUUUACAAGUCGAUUAUUAAGAUGAUAUGUUCUGCUGGCUUUGAUCAAGACCAAAAUGCUACGUGAAUUACCUUUCUUACCCCCAAUACUGUAUAGAUCACCGUUCAAAAAUCCAUUCUUUUGAGCCUAAACACUACCUAACCAGACUCGAAAAACCCCAUGUGUCGCUUGCGUGUCGCGUGAUCCAGUGUGCGGCAGGAGUGGUCGCGGCUUCUGUGCUGUCAGUAGGAAUAUCACCUCAGCCCACUACUCAAUCAACACCUGUGUUCUCAAUAGCAUGCAACUUGUCAUAUAUAUAUAUAUAUAUAUAUAUAUAUAUAUAUAUAUAUAUAUAUAUAUAUAUAUAUAUAUAUAUAUAUAUAUAUGAAAUUAUAUAUUGUAAACACGUACUUUUUACAUCCCAUCACUGUGUAUUUUGAGGUGGUGACAGCGGUUACACACUGAAGCCAGUGUUUCCCUUUUGUGUGUGUGUGUGUGUGUGUGUGUACGCGCGCGGCAAGCACAGGCCAGAGCCACUGGCUGCUAGCGAAGACCAGUGACACAUCAAGGCUACAGACAGAAAUUUACUGUUUUGUAAUCGUGAGAUGCAUCUCCAUAUGCUUACAGUAACUGCUUGGGUUGCUAUAGUCUGUAGGAAGAUAAGGAUAAUCAAUAAUUGACUCUGCUUGA